AUGUUGAACAAGGAAUCCCUUUUCAUACCAUUUUCCAUCCUACUAGUCUUUUCAACCACUCAGCUUGCCCUCGUGUCUCGAAUGGUUGCGUUUUUGCAUAUCCAAAAGGCAGAUAUUGGUAGCUAUUAUGUCUGUGAGUCUAUCAACACGAACAGCAGCAGCGCCAAUUCCAGCGCCAACGCCAGUACUACCGGUCAAUAUGAGGAUGAAAGCCUCAAUUUCGAUCUAUACGUCCUGCCGGAAAAGCUGUCGGUGAAUCAAGGACAUACCACCAAUGGCGCUGCCGGUUAUGGCUUGGUUCUGAGUAUUGCCUUUUCGGCGGGCACGUUUGUUCUGCGGAAUAAUCUCUAUUAUAGACAUCAUAAAGUCAUCCUCCGCAGUAUGACUAUCGCUCUAGGUCUCCUAGUCCUGUUCACAUUUUCGGCAUUCAUCUACGUCUUUGCUGUCACGUACCUGACCUUGGGUAACGAAAUCGACAUUCAAGUUGCCAGAAACCUCGCUGGCAAACCGUAUAAUAUCGAUAGCUGGACGCCAGAGACUUGGUACCAAGCACUACUAGCACUUCCGCUAUACAAGGCAGACUUGUCAAGUGCAUACCAGGAAAUGCUAACAUGGAGAUGGUGGAUUCUGCCCUAUCUUUUUGUGUGUUUGAUGGCUUUCGUAUGGACGGCCAUUGUCUAUGUAAAGGAGAGAGACCUUCCAAUGAACUUUAUGCGGUAUUGGACUGGAAAAGCUGAUGUGGAUAGAAAGUCAUCUCCUGUUUGA